AAACCUUUUGUGUGUAAAGAAUGUAGGAAGGCCUUUAGUACCUUCUCAUACCUUGUUCAACAUCAGCGAAUUCAUACUGGUGAGAAACCCUAUGAAUGUAAAGAAUGUGGGAAGGCCUUUAGUAGUAGCUCACCCCUUGUUAAACAUCAGAGAAUUCAUACUGGUGAGAAACCCUAUGAAUGUAAGGAAUGUGGAAAGGCCUUUAGACUUAGUUCAUUUCUUAAUGCGCCUCAGAGAAUUGAUGCAGGGGUAAAGCCCUAUGAAUGCAAGGAAUGUGGGAAAGCCUUUAGUCGUGCCUCAUACCUUGUUCAACAUGAAAGACUUUAUACAGGUGAGAAACCCUAUGAGUGUAAGGAGUGCAGCAAGGCUUUUAGUGCUGGCUCAUACCUUGUUCAACAUCAGAGGAUUCAUACUGGUGAGAAACCCUAUGAGUGUAAGGAGUGUGGGAAGGCCUUUAGUUCUGGCUCUUACCUAGUUCAACAUCUGAGAAUUCAUACUGGUGAGAAACCCUUUGAAUGCAAGGAAUGUGGCAAGACCUUUAGCCUUAAUUCCUUCCUUACUGAACAUCAGAGGUUGCACACUGGUGAGAAACCCUUUAAGUGUAAAAAAUGUGGGAAGGACUUUAGAUACAGUUCAGCCCUUAAAGCAAUCAGAGAAACCAUAUGGGUGUGAAACCCUAAGAAUUUAAGGAAUUUGGGGAGUCCUUUAUGUAUGACUCAAACAUUAUUUAGCAUCAGAAUUUAUGCUAAUGAAAAACCUGUGUGUAAAAAAUCUUGUAGGCCUUUAGAAAAUAUUCUCGUAUUACAGAAUUCAUAAAUAGGAAAGCCUUCAUUUGUCACUCUUGUGUUUACAAUAUCAGAAUAUUCGGGAUUGGUGGCCAAUUCAGAAAAGGUAGGAAACUUUAGUACAGCAUUGGUAGCAUGAAAUUUGAUAUGACCUAUUCUACUAUGGUUGAAUGAACUAGUGAAUAAAAAAAAAAACCUUCCAGUUACUCUUAAAUCAUCGCUGAA